AUGUAAUAGAAAACUUAAAAGAAAUUUAAAUGUAAGGAUCAUCCUUAAGCAUCUGCUAUUUUCUGGUGCAGUUCAGUUGAUUGUCUUGAGAAUAGAAUUUUCUGCAUGAUUUGUCAUAAAUAAUAGAAACAUACCAAACAUUUCAUUCAGGAUGUUCAUUAAAUUGAUUAAUUAAACCGAAUUUUGAUCACUAAAUCUCAAUGUUCAAAGGAUCUUAUAACAGAAUGUCAAAAUUAAUUUAAAUAAACCUUUCUAUCUUACAAAUAGUUUAUUUUUGCGUUAUAAUACAAGUUCUGUGGAUUCGAAGAUAAAAUAAAUGAAUUUCUUCCAAAUUAAGCAAAAGCAGUCCUUUAUUCUUAGAUUUUAUUUGAUUAAAUGAAGAAUCAUAUCAAAACCAAUAUAAUUGAAUCUUUAUCAAAAUUAUAGAAAAUUUUAGAUGGUCUUUUUACACAAUUUGAAUUACAUCUUAUUGAAUAUUAG